CACCAAAGUUAUCGAACGCGCGUAUCAUGAACGCUCUCUGGACCAAGUGGUGUAUUAUUAUUCUCGUUUCGUUGUUUAACGUAGCCCAGGUGAACGUGGCUCAAUAUGUUCCUCCGAAUGUCAGAGUGGAGCCACUCUAUCCAGUAGGGAUACGAAUGUCCAUUCCACACGAAAGCGGGAUCACUUUGGUGGCAUUCCACGUCAAGUUCAACCAAGACUUUCAAGGUCUCGAAGCAGGAACCAUUGCCAGAGAUAUUGUAAAAGUGCGAGGCGGUCGAUGGACUUACGAAGAUCGAAGCACGAGGCUCAAACAGGGCGAUGUUAUUUAUUAUUGGAUUCAUGUAAUUUACAAUGGAUUAGGGUAUAAUUUACUUGAUCAGCAGCAUGUGGUCAGAGAAAUGUAUCAUUACGAUGGGACGCGCGUGACCGGACAAAGUUCUGGCACCUGCAAUACGAAAGUUUCCUAUUACGAUAAAAAUACUCAUAAUUUAAAACAACACAGUGUUUGUUCGGGUCAAUUAAUUUUCGAAGAAACAUUCGAUUCAUUCAACGCAAGUCGAUGGACAAUUGUCGAACGUUUUGCAGACUCUCCGAACGACGAGUUUGUCAUGUACAUGAACAGUGAUAAAAACGUCGAAGUAAACAAUGGCGAAUUACAUAUUAAACCGGUUCUCACCGAAAGUAAAUUUGGACUAGAAUUCGUGCGGUCUGGAAUCCUGAACUUGGACAAAUGUACCGGCGUAGCUGGAACCGCUGAGUGCAAACGCAACGCGAUUGGCUCGCAGAUUUUGCCGCCUGUAAUGUCAGGACGUUUGAAUACUAAACAAUCUUUCAAUUUCUUAUAUGGAAAAGUUGAAAUUCGUGCCAAACUCCCGCGCGGCGAUUGGAUAUAUCCUCUGAUCAGCCUAGAAAGUACGGAACCUCGUUCGGAAGAUAAGAAAUUCUAUUGCGAUAUCUUAGUCGCUCAUUCGGUUGGCAAUCCCACGUUAACGACACACAACGACGAAGAUAUAAGUGGACGCGUCCUUCUGGGCGGUGCAUUCGCGAUUAAUCUAGAUCAACAUUUAUUGCAGGACAAUAGAAUGGAUCUUCCUAUGAAAACUUCGAGCUCGUUGUGGUCUGACGACUAUCAUGUGUACGAACUAGAGUGGAAAAGCGGUAGUGUCUCGGUUAAAGUCGAUGGCGAACAGUAUGGUCAGCAACAAGUGACGUACGAUGUACCAGUUUAUCUUAACAUGGGUCUAGCUGUUGGAGGCCACAUCCUCUUCCCUGAUAAUUCGACAAGUGGCAACUAUGAUAAACCUUGGAGAAAUGUAGCUUCAAAGGCACUUUAUAACUUCUACAUCAAGAAAGACAAGUGGCUAGAGUCGUGGACAGGAAGCGACACUGGCCUUCAUAUAGACUAUAUCAAAGUGUGGUCAAUCUAAGCAUCAUACUAUUUAUUUUAAUUUAGGAAUUUCUAAGAACAUGUACAUCAGUUCUUUUAUUAUCUAUCAUUGUAUAUACAAUAGAAACUCCUUUACUGGCACAAAUCAUUUUAUAAUGGACUUAACUAAAAUUUGUAAAACUUAA